UUGGCUAACGCGGAAGUGUUUCGGACUCGCAGCGGCGACGGGGAGAAAUGGCGUCUAACAGUAACUGGCUGUCUGGGGUGAACGUGGUGCUGGUUAUGGCUUACGGGAGUCUGGUAUUCGUCCUGCUCUUCAUCUUCGUGAAGCGGCAAAUAAUGCGGUUCGCCAUGAAGUCUCGCAGGGGGCCUCACGUGCCGGUCGGACACAACGCACCAAAGGAACUCAGGGAGGAAAUCGACAUUCGCCUCUCCAAAGUGCAGGACAUCCGCUUCGAACCCCGACUCCUGGCGGAGGAUGACGCUCGCUUGCUACAGCUGGAUAAGCCGGAGCAGGAAGGCUGUUACAAUUACUUGUAUCGAAUGAAGACGUUGGAUGCGGUGAAAGAUUCCGACAUCCCCUUCCGGGACAACGUAAAGUACCCCCGGACCCUCGUGGGAAAGAACUUCCGCUGCUUCCUCCUGGAGCUGCAAAACUCCAGCUCGCCCUACAAAGGGAUCCGCAAGAGUUUAUUAGAUGCGCUCAUGGCAGGCUAUGACAGUGCGCGAUACGGCACUGGGUCGUAUGGAAAAAACCAACACCUGAAGUUCAUGGAUUCCCUCAGGGAGCUUUCGACAAUUGUGCAAGCCAGAGAGGCUGGAAGUCAGAGGCAGCGCCAGUCUGCGGCCCGGGACCUCAGCGCUUCCCCAGAGCCCUCCGGGACGCCCACCAUCCAGGUGACCUACCUGCCCUCGAACCAGAAGAGCAAGCGGCCAAAACACUUCCUUGAGCUAAAGAGCUUUAAGGACAAUUACAACACCCUUGAAAGCACCCUGUGAGCCGAGAUACCGGGAAGAGGAAUUCUGCCGCGAGCCACCAGCAUCCAAUCGGCGACCUGAGCCUUAACGCUUCGCUGGCUUUCAUAACGGAUUCCGGAAGAGUAUCAUUGCCGGUGUCUCUGUGACUUCAGAGAAUUGUUCGUCCGAUUCCGUUAAUCCGCCAGCCGGAAGGAGAGGGAUGCUGACUUCUUGUAACUACCAGCUUCUCGAAUCUCCCUGGAGUUACCGUUAUGAACGUGCGCCACCGACCGAACAUUGCGCUCUUCUGCGGAGCAAAGACUUAACUGCGGGUUCAAUGUCUCCCGCGGAUUCUGAAAGUCGAUUGAUCUGCGGGGACGAGGAGCCAGGAAGCCUGUUUUUGUUUACAGUUUGUGAUUUUUCUGAAUGUCUGGGAGUUUUUUGUAAAAUAAGCGAUGUUUGGUGCAGCCCGUUGGAAGCGUAUGUGCCGUGCCCGAUCGUACGUAGGCUCGCUUCUUGUUACAUGGCUGCUGCGUUUGCGUUGAUGGAGUCUGGAAGAGUGUCAUCUGCACCUUGUUGUUAUUUUUGUAACGUGCGUUGUUACAUAGGACCAGCAACGUUUCCCGAAUCGGCACCCUCGCGUAUCGCUUUCUUUCAUUGUAUAAACCGCCAGGUCGGACACAGUGCCCGGCUGUUGCGCUCGCUGCCAAAAUGACUUUUGGGCACAAUAUGAAACUGUUUAGAAAGCAAAGUUAAAACUUACAAACAAAAAGUAAACAAGUGUUUUUUGUUACCUUUAAAAAAUAAACUUGUAUGA